UGAGUUGCGAAGGUUUAGGUUGUUUUCGUUGUACUGCACGUGUCUGUUUGUUGUUGUUGAUUUAAAUUUGAAAAUGAAAAGUGAUCGUAAAUAGUAUGAUGACGUGUUAGCGGCUCAUAUCAACAAUAACCAUUCUAGUCUAUCAUUAAUUCAUUUUCAAUUGCAAUAUCAAGUGAUUUUAGAGGUGCUGAAGUGCUCAGGUUAAGAACAUUCUAGAAAGACUUUGGAGCUCUGGUAGAAAAAAAUUGAAGCUGAAAAUUGUUAAGUGCUACUGCUGCUAGGCUGCUGUUGAAAUGCCCGGAGUCGGAAAAGCUAAUUUUUCGACCUUCGAAGUUGAAAACAAUGCAAACAUCGUGGAAAGGGAGAAGACGAAACGAACUAGGCUCUACUAUGCCGCUUUAACCGCCAACCUGGCAUUCUUCUCGUGCGGAGCAUCGCUGUCUUGGACGUCGCCGACGCUGCCCCGGUUGACCAAGGGCCACGAGCCGUGGCUGCCACCAAUCACCAGCGAGAUCGGCUCGCUGAUCGCCUCCUUCCUGAUGCUGGGCGCCGCCACUGGGCCAGUGGUCGCCGGACUCCUGCUCAACAACGUCGGCCGCAAGAAGACGCUCAUCACGUCAGCCGCCCUCCAUCUGCUCUCUUGGAUUGGUCUUGGCUUUGCUCCUAGCUUGGAGGUCAUCUAUUUGUGCCGAUUCAUUCAAGGGGUGGCCGUCGCUAUUGCUUUCACAGCUGUGCCCAUGUAUGUCGGCGAAAUAGCUGAGCGAAAACUGCGUGCAGUGCUGGCCUCAUCGUCGGAGGUGUUCCUUGCACUCGGCUACAUGAUGGAGUACGCGGUGGGCCCUUACCUGUCCUACGUGUGGCUCAUUGUAGUCUCCUCCAUCAUGCCCAUCCUCACAUUCGUGCUCUUCUUCUUCGUUCCCGAGUCGCCGCACUUCCUGCUCCAGGCUGGAAACAAGAACAAGGCAAUGAAGGACCUGAGAUGGUUGCGCGGAAAUGUGUCUGUGACUGCGGCUAAGAGAGAAAUUGCUAUGAUACAGGCGUCAAUAGAACAAGGCCUCCAUACAGGACAGCGAUCUACAUUCCACGACAUCCUGUCGAGUCCGGGCAGUGUGAAAGCGAUGUGGCUGUCAUGUGGCCUGAUGUUCCUGCAGCAGUUCAGUGGCAUCAAUGUGGUGCUGUUCUAUGCACAGCAGAUCUUCGACAAGGCCGGCAACCUGCCUUCCGAGUACUGCGCCAUGACUGUGGGAGCGGUCCAACUCAUCUCAGCCUCCUUCACUCCUGCUCUAGUCAAACGCUUCGGUUUCAAAACUCCCUUAGCAGUGUCUGCUCUGGGAAUGACCAUUGCUCAUGCUAUUCUUGGAAUCUUCUUUUUCUUUGAGGAAACAGGAAACGACGUGUCAGCUGUUUAUUGGUUACCAGUUACGUGCCUCAUGCUUUAUAUUCAUGUGUAUUGUAUCGGCUUUGGACCUCUUCCAUGGGCAUUUCUUGGCGAAAUAUUCCCACCGAACGUGAAGGAGACUGCGUCUGGCUGUGUCACGUCUUUCAGCUUCUUCUUGGCGUUCAUCAUUACCAAAUUUUACCCGAACGUUGAUGAGAAGCUGGGAACAUUCACGGCAUUCUGGAUAUUCUCGGGAUUCUGCAUUUUGGCGUUCAACUUUGUCAUCUUCUUGAUGCCGAACACACGAGGCCUGUCGCUGCCUGAGAUCCAGGACCUGUUGAAUGGCCGGCCCAUCACUAGACUCGACAAAAUCCCGGAAGAGCCCACUGUCAAGAAUGCUGGUACUAAUCUUAUCUAAAUCAGUCCUAUUAUUCAAGCAUGCAUGAUUCGUUGAUCUUAUUAAUGAGUGUUAGAUUAUUGAACGUACGUGACUUUCAGUAGAAUUUAUUUCAACUUGUUGCGUUGUAUUUUAAUCGCAUCAAAAUGUGAUUUAGGCUACUCUAUUUUAUAGCUUUAAUAGAAACUUGAACUAUUCUUGAAUUUCAUUCGCUAUUAGUUUUAUCAAGAACUUGUAGUAUAUUUAGUAUUAUACUAUAUAGUAUUGUGCAUUGACUAGCUUUAGAAAAUUUAUGUUGGACAAACUAUCAUAUUAUGAUUAAUUUGUCAUUUGUUAUUGUUAUCAAUUAUUGUUAUUGUUGUAAUCAUAACCAUCGGAAUUUGAUGUAAGCGUGACGCUUAGUGGUAUCUUAUACAAACUUGACUCAAUUUAUCUAAAAUUGUUCCUUGAGUAUUAAUGUAUGAUUCCAUUAUACUGGUGCUAAGUUUGAUAAGUUCCUUAUCUUCAGUUCAAUCUAGCCUCAAAAGUAUCAUUCUGAAAUUUUCUUAAAUUAUUAAAAUCGCUGUUAUUCAGAAUCUCUACUGCAGUGAAUGUUAUUGCCUAAAUGAGUUCUAAAUUUUUGCGUUACAAUAUGAAUUUUGAGCUUGAUGAAAAACAAAUUAAUUUAUUAAAAAAUAUAGUAUUUUUCUUUAAAAAAAUAUUGGUCUUGAAAAUUAUUUAUGAUUUUCGGAGAAGUUAAAUCUCGUUUAUUAUAAAAUUGACCAAGUAACAAAACGAAAACAUGAAUUUACUUUACUGAAGAAUGUUGUUAUUCCCUUUGGGAAAGUGAUUCCUGGCACUGAAUAUUACUAGUUCUAUUAUUCUAAUUGUUAAUUAUCUUUCAAAAGCAAGAUUUACUUCUAUUUUUAUUAGUGUCGCAGUGAAUCAAAUGUACAGAAUCAAUUCUAUUAUUCAAUCGAAACGAACAUUUUUUUUGCUAAUCAAAAUUGUUUGCUAGAUUAACCAGUUAAUUCUUGUUCAUCCAUAUCCUAUAUCCGAAAUAAUUUCCAUCAAGAAUAGUUCUUAACAUGUUCAAUUGAUUUCUUUAACCGUUAUUGGAGAUUUUUGAGAUUCAAGAAAUAAUGUGUGUGAACUAACUUCUAUGUUUUAGCUUAUUUGGAGUUAUGACAAUAUUUAAUCUUCCUCUUCCAGUAAAUUAUUUUUUAAUGCUCUUUACAAACGAUAUUUCAAAUUUAUUUUUGUAUUCAUUUAAAAUACCGUAGGUAAUAUUUAUCGGCACUACUAUUAAAAAAUAAUUCUUUCUAUAAAAAUAUCAUAAAUAUUUUUCACUGCUGUUUUAGUUCAGUGGAUUUUUAUUGACAAUAUAAUCUUACUUAUUCCAUUUCAUCCACUCCAGUAAUAAUACAUAAUUAUCAUAAACUAUUAUUUUCUUUUUUAUGUAGUAAAUAAUUUAUAGCUGUCUCCUGUCAAUUGAAAGAUCCUAAAAUAAUUUGUAAAUACAAUUACCUUUAAACAAUGGGACAGGUAUAUAGAGAUUGUUCAAUAUAAUACAGAUAUUCUAUUUGGACCAACAAAUGAGCUUAAUAAAUUCAAGGUUAUACCGCUUCCAUGAUAAAAUGAAAUAUAUUAAUGCUGAAUGAAGUGCAUGUGUAUAAAGUAAUGACGUAUUUAUCAAUCUUAAUUUUUCACUUUGAAUGUUACUCAUAUUUUUCCAUCUCAAGUGCAUAGGUUGUAUAAAUAUUGUCCACAAUUAAGGAAAAAUCUAUAAAUCGUAAGUAAAUUAGAAAUUAAUUUUAAAAGUUUUCAUUUCGGAGACCUGAUCAUUAAACAUUGAGACUGAAAUUGAAAAAAUCGUCCUUCAAAAAUCUAAAAUAACUUGUUGUUCAAGAACUUCAAUACUUCUGAAUUAUUAAAACUGACUCAUACAAACACAUGAUGACAACUUAUGUUUAUCAUCAAGUGGAUAAUACCAUAGAAUAAGCUUAGAAACCCUCCUCUAUGAUCAAUGAUUACACACCCUGAAAUUGUUCAGUACACUAUUGUUCUUAUGUAGACAAUAAGACUGAGACUGCAGUUCAAUACUGAACUUGUGUUCAAUAAUCUAGAGUUUGAAGUGAAAUGUCCUAAUGUAGGAAUACUCGAUCUUAAAAUUUUCAAUUUCGUAAGAUCUAAACCCGUUCUUUUGUUAAACUGGAGAUUAUCUAUUGUGAAAUGGAAAACUCAUUAUUAUUAUUAUUCAGUCCUUUUAAAUACAGUAGGCAUAAUGUGCUUAGAACUAAAGGGCUUUAGUGGUGCUAAUUUCAAACCAAUUGUAUAAAAAUCACGGAAAUUGAAUAAGAACUAAAUUCAUCGUUAUAGACAGUAAAAGCAACUGAUAUAUUGAAACCAACUCCUUAGAGUUUAUUCUUAUUCUUUAUAUUAAAUCUGAACUGUGAAUAAAUUAUAAUAAAGUGAAGUAUGGUCAAGUUUAAUCACCAGAAUUUUAAAAUAUUUUACCAAGGUCAGGUGUAAUCACCAGAAUUUUAAAAUAUUUUACUAAUAAUUAUUUAUCAAAAAUUAAUAUAAAGUUAAAUAUUUGUUGGUGUUCAUCUUUUGAAGCUCAUGAAUAUGCAGUCUAGCCUAUAUAGGCUUAUAAUCCAAUUGAUUAAAGAAAUACUAUAUUCGAAGAUUAAUACUCAAUUUGAUUCAUUUCAAUUUUCUCAACAAUUCUUGAUUGGAAUUUUAUUUUACAACAAAUAACAAUUAUUGUGAUGUUCAAUACAUAGUUUUGUAGCUUCUAUGUUGAAUUUUAAUAUCAAAGUAUCACACUAACUUGUUCUUUAAUCAUCUUGACAGGUCUCAAAGUACCUCAUAUAAAAACUCACUGCCAGUAAUAUCAAUUUUUAAAAUAUUUCGUAUCAUUAGAAAGAUGAAUCAUAGAUUGAAGUUCUAACUUUAAUUUUAUAUUUAUUUUUAUUCAUAUUAUAAAUUUAAGAGCUUUAUUCUGUACAAAAUUGCUGCAUAAACAUUAUGAAGCAGAAUCUUUUUGCGCUCAAAUUUAAAAUAAUUUUACUGUAAUCAAUCUUGAUAUUCGAACAUUCUUUUCAUGAAAUGUUUUCUCUGUUAUCAAAUUAUUUUUAUUAAUGACUCGAAUUCAAUCCGAGAGUUUAAACAAUGUAUUCUGUCAGAACUCACCAACUCGAAAUCCUGUUCUCACAUUUGUUCUCUGAAAGACACAUAGAAUGUAUGAUGUAUCACAUAUUGUUUGUUUGAAUUGUGACUCAAUUUGAGGAUUUUCCACUUCAUGAGAAUUGUUUUUAUACUCUGCCAGGACAUAUCAAUAACUUGGAAAUGUAUGCAUCCCAUUGUUUCCAUGAUUUUGGGCAAUAAAUUUAUACCAAGUAGCAAUAAUUAUUUAAUAAUUGCUCCAGAUUUACCAAUGUAAUUGAAAAUCAAUCUUUGAAUAUUCUUAUAGAGUGAGUGCCGCUUAGUCUGAAUUUCUUGAUAAUCAAGUUUUUAUCUAACUUUUGAAAUUAUCAGGUCAAGAUCAAAUUACUCAUUGUAUUUAUUAGUCAAGCUCAAGUACUCCUAUCCAUUAUAAGUCUGAGAAUGCAUUUGAAUAUCAUCAAUAAGGCAACAAAAGUAAAAAAUUAUCACCGUUAUUUUUUAUUAGAAAUAAAUUCAGUCUCAUUUUCUAAAUACUAUAAAUUAAUUUUGUAACUAAAUGCACUCUGAGAAUAUUUUAGAAUCAUUUUUUUAUUGUGUAUUGUAAUGAAAAAUCACUUACAUCAAUGUUUUCUAGUGAUAAACAAGCAGUAUUCAAAUCUCAACAGGGUAAAGUUAAAGUGAGUCAACCAUUAUGUGAAUGCGCAUUGCUUCAAAUUCUAUAUUCUCUUCCAUACAUUUUAAAAGUUAUUAUUUCUUAAACUAUUGCUAUCCCUCGGUUAUUGAGUAAAACCCCACAUUUACUUCAAUUUUAGUUUUUAUCUUAUACAUUUCAAAAGAUUGGCUUUAAUUAUAGUUUGCGAAGAAUAUGUAAUUGUAUAGCAACCGUAUUCCGAUCCCGUUAACAGAAUGAACAAAUUACAGUUUUGUAGAAAAAGGAAAGUUUUAUAAGCUAGGGAAUUUACAGGUUUCUUAUCCAAUAUACAUUAAUAUUACAUUUAUAUCACAAAAGUUAUUAAUAAAAUCUUGCUGAUGGUUAUUUUCUUCGAAUAUUUUUUUCUAUUUUGACUUACAAUAAUACUAUUUUUGCACUCAGUCAGUAUUUCUAUUCAUUCCAUUAUGAUUAAAAAAUCACCUUAGUACUGAAAAUGUGUGUAUAUACUGUAUUAUUAGGUGCUACCUUGGAAUGUUUAUCUUGGGUGAUUUAUAGAGUAUAUUACUCUAUUAUUAUAGUAUAAAUGUGUUUAUUUUUAAUAAGAUACUUUGUUAUACCUGUGAACUAGCCUGAUAGGAAAUUAUAUUUUGUGAGUUCUUCAUGUAAAA